AGCGGACGUAAAUCCAGAAAUAUCUUGUGCAGUUACCGAAGUGCGUCGCAGCUGCCACAUAGACACAUUGUUCAGGGUUUGCGUGAAACGCAACAAUCGAACUAUUUGACUUUAUUCCGAGUGAUAUCAUUGCAAACCACAUAAUUCUUGAAAUUACAUGUAGGAAAUUCCACAGUGACUGUUGGACGAGAUGGACGAGAUUACAACCACGGCUACAUUUUACUUAAUACCAAUACUACUUGCUGUUGUAGUGGUCUAUUUACUUACAAAGAGGAGUAACUUGCACGGUCCUUUUGGCUUGCCCAUAUUGGGACAUUUGACCUUUUUGGGCAAAAACCCUCAUUUGACCUUCACGAAAUGGAGACGUCAGUAUGGCGAUGUCUAUCAAAUCCAAAUGGGUAGCUGGCCAUGCAUUGUAGUAAACGGGGUGGAUUUGAUAAAACAGGCCCUGACACAAGCAGACGACUUUUCAGGUCGACCAGGGUUCUUUUCCGGAAGGAGUAUAACUGGCGGGAAAAAUAUCGCUUUUGGACGAUUUGAUAAUGGUUGGAUUAAACACAGAAAGAUUGCGAGUGGAGUUUUAUAUAGCUUCGCUAACGCUCGGAAGAAUCCAGUGGAAGAAAUAAUUAAACAAGAAGUGUGCACAGUUGUUGAAAUGUUCAAAUCAAAGGGAGACAACUGCUUUGACCCAAAGGAGAUCUUAUUGUUUGCCGCUGCUAGCGUUAUAUAUCAAAUCUGCUACGGUAAAACAGAUCAUGUUGAAUAUGACGAGGAGUUUAAAUCGUUAAUAACAUCAUCAACAGAUUUUAAUGACUUUGCAAAAGCAGGCAAUCCAGUGGACAUGAUGCCAUGGCUUCGUGUAUUUUUUCCCUCGAAAGUAAAUAGAUUUCUGAAUAUAGUCGAAAGAAUGGAACGAGUCAGAAAACAGAAAGUAGAUGAACAUAAAAACACUUUUGACGCGAACAAUCUCCGCGAUGUUACUGACGGACUCAUUGCAGCUGCGCAAAGCAUACCGGAAGUGGAGAUGGCUGAGUUAGGUUUGUCCGACGAACAAAUCUUGUCAACACUUGACAAUCUCUUUGGAGCCGGCUUUGACACAAUUGCUAAUACUCUCCAUUGGUCACUGUUACUGUUAGCCUCAUUUCCUGAUGUUCAAGAGAAGUUGUAUCAAGAAAUAUGUGACGUCACCGGAAAUACCCGCUCGCCAUGUUUGUCUGACAAGAGCACAAUGUCAUAUACGGAAGCCACGUGCUCAGAAAUAAUGCGGUUUUCUUGCAUUUUCCCACUUGCUUUGCCCCACUGCACAACCAAAGAUACUCGAAUUGGAACUUACAAUAUUCCAGAGGAAACAUUAGUCUUCUUCAAUUUCCAUUCUUUGACCCAUGACAAGGACACUUGGGGUGACCCAGACGCUUUUCGGCCAAGCAGAUUUUUGGAUGAUGACGGUCAAAUUGAUAAGAAUAUGAUGAGUCGGCUUAUUCCGUUUUCUGCCGGACGUCGCCGAUGUGUAGCAGAGUUCUUGGCAAGGAUGGAAUUCUUCCUGCUCCUGACUGGAAUCGUGCAGACGUGUCAGAUCAAAGUGCCUACAGAGGGCGUGCGUGAUUUGGAACCCUUGUUUGAAAUGUCCCUCAGACCUAAGCCAUUCCAGAUCGUGGUGAGAGAACGCGAUCUGGGGUUAGAAAAGGACUAAAGAAAAAAUGUCAGCCCUUGUUUGAUUGAAGCUUUAAUAAACUCUGCAUUUCCCUGUCAAACACAUUUUCUGAUGACUGUUGAUCCAAAAAAUCAGAGACAAAUUCUCAGAGACAACUCUAAUUGGACCAACAAUGGACACCAAAGUAGUUCAGGCACACACCCUUCUAAACUUGCUGAUGUAAAUUCAAUGAAUUGUCACUAUAAUUGUAUCAACUAGGCGGGUAAAUUGCAGCGACCUUUUCUAAAACUAUAACAAAUAUCUGCUAAAUUCCUUCCAUUGUACUGUUCUGACUUCUUCAUCCCUAUCAUAACAUUGGCAAUCUUCAUCUUUAUCAUAACUGAACAUCUUCAUCCACAUCCUCUCUUUGUCACCCUUUUUGUUUGUUACAUUUAUAUUAAUUUUGUUUUUAAUCUCAUUUAUGACCUUAUCUGUAAUACCAUUUUCUACUCAGUUGUCAUCGAUAAAGGUACAAGGCCUAGAUUUCCGAAGCUCACGAAGCUUACGACGCUAAGACAGUCGUAAGUGCCAUACAUUAACAUUAACUUACGACUAUCUUAGCGCUAAGAGAUCUAGAGCUUCGAAAAUCUAGGUCCUUGCAUGUAUAAGUUCCGUCACCUCAUACUGAAGGAAUAAAAAAGUUGAAAUC